AUGGAGAGGGGUAUUGAGAGAAAUGGAGGUGGCAUGUUCAGCAAACAGCAACGGCUCCCCCAGCUAGCUCUAUGUGUUUUAUACAAUAUAGCUUUCUUGCAAGCGUUCAACGGCCAUAAGCAGGAAGUUGAGCAAUUAUGGACUCUACGGCAGAUGUUCGAAUCAUAUAAUCAUUUCGACAAGGAACUAGCGUGGCAUUUGUUCCGCCAAAUUGUAGAAGGACUGGCACACAUACAUGGACAAGGAAUUAUCCACCGCGACUUGACUCCUAAUAACAUCUUUUUUGAUGCUCGCAAUGACAUUAAAAUUGGGGACUUUGGCCUUGCAAAAUUCUUGAAGCAGCUGGACCAUGACUUGGAUCCCACGGAAACAGCUGGAGUUUCUAUUGAUGGUACUGGCCAAGUUGGUACAUAUUUUUACACUGCACCUGAAAUUGAGCAAAGGUGGCCAAAGAUUAAUGAAAAGGCUGACAUGUACAGCUUAGGGGUUGUGUUUUUCGAGCUGUGGCACCCCUUGAGUACAGCAAUGGAGCGACACUUUGUUCUUUCUGAUCUAAAACAAAAAAGAGAACUUCCUUUUGCUUGGGUUACUGAAUUUCCUGAGCAGGCAUCCUUGUUGCAGUGUUUGAUGUCUCCAAGUCCAUCUGAUCGUCCAUCAGCCACGGAACUUCUCCAAAAUGCUUUUCCUCCUCGAAUGGAGUAUGAGUUGCUUGAGAGUAAGUAAUAAAGAUAUUUCUUGGUUUGCCUGUGGCUGCUUGUAUCUCUGGAGUUCUG